AUGCGUGUAACAAAUUUUUUCAGCAGCAAUGCGGGAACGCUUACGCUUGUAACACUUCUGCUGCUGGGUUCGCUGCAAUUUAUUGCUACGGACACUGCGGAAGACUUCGAGGAUGGCGAAGUAGAGGAUGUACAGGAUGAAACUACUGGUGCGCUGAGUGAUAACGGCGAAGAACUUGUCUAUGAGAGUCCAAAAUACGAUGCUUCAAAAUUCCAUUUUGUUGAUCAUUUUGAUAAUUUAGAGGAGUCCCGUAAACGUUGGACGAAAUCUCAAGCCAAAAAAGAUGAUACAGCUGAAGAAAUAGCUAAAUAUGACGGAAAAUGGGAAUGGGAAGCACCUCAGCGCAUUGUUUGGAAAAAAGAUAUUGGCUUAGUACUUAAAUCGAAAGCCAAACAUGCAGCCAUAGCAGCACCGCUCGUCAAACCAUUCUCAUUUGACGGCGAUAAGCCGUUGGUAGUACAAUACGAAGUAACAUUACAGGAUGGUCAAGAAUGUGGUGGUUCUUACAUUAAAUUGUUAUCUGAAGGCAAAUACACAAAAGACUUAACUAAGUUGGACUCACCUACAGGCGUGGAACGUAUUAGAGUCGCAGAUGUCAUAGAGCUUAAAGAGUUUAUCAGCAAAACACCCGCACAAUCCUAUGAAUACUAUUUUUAUAACAAUGCAAUUAGUGAUAAGAUUGGCAGCUUACGCGCGUUACCGGACACACGUGACGAGCGUUGUGCUGCUCACACCUACCGAUUGCCACCAGCGGCAAGGUCAAAAGUUUCGAUUGUAAUUACGUAUCACAAUGAGGCGCGCUCAGCGCUUAUCAGAACGAUUAUGUCUGUGCACAAACGUACCCCUGCGAAAUAUUUGCACGAAAUUAUUUUAAUCGAUGACUACAGUGAUGAUGAUACAAUUUUGCCAGUGCUAAGCCAACUCAAUUUCCCACCAUUCGCACAUAAUAAAACGCUUUCCAACACUGAUGCCUUAAUUUGGCCUGUUAACAUAGGUUUAAUUAAAAUGCAACGCAAUCCACGACGUUUGGGCUUGAUUGAAUCACGUAAUCUUGGUGCUCGACUUGCUACCGGCGAUUAUUUGCUAUUUCUCGACAGUCAUUGUGAAGUUAAUGUUGGCUGGUUGGAGCCCAUGUUGGAACGUAUUGCUCACGCUGCUGUUGGUAGAAGUGCACGUAAUGUCAACACGGUAGCUGUUAGUCCUGUGCUAGAUAUCAUCGACACUGAGACUUUGGAUUAUCGUGCAAGUUCAAAGAAUCUAAUGGGUGGUUUCGAUUGGAAUUUACAUUUUCAUUGGGUGCAGCGUCAAAAUAUAGAACAAAAUGAUAAAGAAGCUUUCAGAAGUCCUGUAUUUUCUGGUGGAAUUUUUAUGAUAUCUCGAAAUUGGUUUUUUAAAUUGAAUGCUUUCAACUCACUUCUGGAAGUAUGUAUGUAA